GUUUGAAGUGACUACUGUGCUGUUGAUUGUUAUAUUGUUGUAAAUACUGUACAACAGAUGAGUCUCUGAAGGCAAAUUUAUGAUCGGUUGCAAUCAUCAGUCUAAUAAACCCUUAUUCUUAUUUGAAAUAACCAGAGGGACAGAUUAAUCAUUAAUAUAAGGUAUGUGAUAAAGUAAUAAAAAUUUCACCUUGACAUCCAACCAUAAGUUCUGAACUGGCUGAACAGGAUUUACAUAAGUAUUGAUUCCUUAUAUUUUAUUUCAGAAAUUUUCAUUGCAUAGUCUGCUAAUUUAAAUUGAUAUCUAAUGUCUUGGUAGACUGUAGAUCAUUCUUUGAAAACAACGGGCCAAGGACACUUAGUAGCCCUUUCAGUGCACCGAAUUAAAUUUAGUACCAGUAUCUUUUGCGAAAACUUCACAUAUUUAAUUGAUGCUCGGACGAAAUAGAAGCUGUCGCUUAACGGAUUUCCAUAUCUAGCAGCAGUGGAUCAUCGAUGCUUCCAGAAACGUGUCAUCAUAUCAUAGUAAGAUACUGUCCUUAGUCCUCAAGAAUAUGUCGAGUUUCCCCUCAAAAGACUUAUGAAAAGCUGUUUAAACCACUUCAGCUGGCAGAGGAUUCCAGAAUUUGACUACUCGUUAAGAACAAAAGUUUGUUACCAAUGAAAAACAAGAAUCAGACAACAAUUCGAUUGAGUGAGCAAAUAUCUGGAUACAUGAUCGAUGAAAUAUCAAGUGAAAGUUCUGAAGGUGGGAGACGGUUUUUAAGAAAUCCAGAGAAACGAAUCAAUAAAAAUGUUGUUCGAAAACAAUCUCCAGCUACAACUGAAGAUGAAAAUACUGAAGAUUUACUGACACCGUUUAGUGCAGGAAAAACGUCAAUAGAUUUUAAUAAAUAUUCAACACAAAGGGUAUUUAAUAGCAAACUGACAAAUUCAAAUGGGACAAAAUCAAAGGAAUUUGAAAAAUAUUGUAUCAAUAAUAAUGUUGUGAAUGAACCAUUAGUAGUACGAAUAAAUAAUGAGAAUGAUUUAAGUAGAAUUUCAGCUUUGUCCUUCAAUGAUAAGAAUUCACUGACUGAUGCAAGUAGAGAACCUUCACGAAUUGAAAGCAAAAUGAGUACAUUCGAUGAUCAAUUAAUAUUAUCUGUUGAUGAAUUAGUGAAUGAGAAUAGAAUAGAUUGCGGAAGUUAUUGCUCAACUAAUCGUUUUGACAAAUCGUACAAUGAAAAAUCACUGAUAGAUAUUGAAGAAAUUAUUGAAUGUGAAAACUCCCAUUCAUCUAGCUUGACGGAGAAGAUAUCUAAUAAAAAACUUCCAUUGGAAAAGAUAUCUUGUCAAGUGGACAAUGAAAACAAUACUAGUGAAAUAGAUGAAUAUUCAGAUGAUUUUGAAAAUGAACAAGAUCUAACUAGUUCAACUAAAGAAAAUUUAAAAUGCAAUCUAAUCACAACGCAGAAAUCAUUAUCACUUAAAACAAAAAAAGCUGAUUGUUCAGUAAAUCAAAAACUUUAUAAUGCAGCUCCUACGAAUUCCUAUGGACCAUUGAAUAAAACGAAUUUACGUGAAACGAUUUCAUAUAAAAAAAUAUCAAAAAACGUAUCUGAAACCCAACAAACAAAGGAUGCUGAAGUUCAAACAGUGUGGUCAGGUGAUUUUCCACAAAACUACCAUAUUCCACACAACCUUCCAAUAAUAAAAUAUGAAGAAAUUCCUAAUUCUACUGUUAAUACUACUCUUAAAAUGCAAAAUAUAACAUCAUCGCUCAUAAAUUACAAAACAUUACAUACUUUAACAACUUAUAAUCCUUGUUUAACUGCACUGGAUAAUAUGUUGAAACAACAAAUAAAUCUUACAAGAGAAUUUCUAAGAACACAAAGAAAUUUACAUGAAACGAUUAGUAAAGCAAUAAGUCAAUGUGUUAUUACAAACAAUUAUAAUUAAAGAGAGAGAUUUAUACAAACUACAGUGAAGAGAUUAUAGAGAAAAAAAUGACAUCUGAAAAGUAUUAAUAAUAACUUUUGAGAUGUACUUCAUGCGGUUCAAUAAACUGAACACUAAUACUGGGAUUAUUAAUAUCAUUAAUUUUCUAGAGUGUAAAUUAUAUUCAAUUAGUUGAUAAGUAUAUGAGAGUAUAAUGGUUAAGUGAAAUUUUAUUAAAGCUAUUUAAUCGACAAUUUGUAAUCUUUAUUUUUCUUCUUUAAAACGCAUAUUACGAAAUAUGAAAUUAUCUUUGUAUUUAUCAUAAACAUGAAAUAUGCUACCUCCCUCCCCCCUUUUCACUUCACUAUGUAAAAUAUGAAUAAAUGUUAUUUUAAAUUACAGUA